AUGGUAGUAUUACAUUACAAAAAGACAGACUUGAACCAGUUCCUUUGUGAAACCCCUUGUGGUGUUAAGGUUGAUGAUCUCAUAGAUCAUAUAUGCAGAGUCAAUAACAUGAGAUUAAAACUUGACAGAGCAGCAAUCGCAUUGGAGGACUUAGCCAGUAAAGGUCCAUUGAAGCCAGAAGAACUUAGAGGUCUUAAGGACUACGAUGAUUUUGUUAAGAAUGAAGAUAUCACCACCAUCAAUGGGCUAAAGAAAAUGCCACCCAAGAUUGGAGUCAGAGAAGUAGUAGAUGAAACCAACUACAGAACAGGCUGGCUAUUGAAUGAAGACAUGACUAGUAGAAUGCUAGAAGAGGCGAUGAAGACAAAAGAACUUAUUCAUAAAUCCUAAGUUGAUAGAAAGGUUUGCUUAGAUAUGGACAUGCUCUAGGAGAGAUUAGAUAUUAUUAGAGGUAUUACUAUGAUGGCUUACCCAGCUUACUACGGCCUAGGUGAAUGGGAGCCAAUUAGAGUUAUCUUAGAGAAUGGAGAGGACUUUGAUGAGAAGAUGGACUUAACCGAUGAUAUGAACCCAGAAAAUACUACUAUUUGGAUCGUAGGCAAAGAGCUACAAAGAGGUAAACUCCUAUCAGACUAUUUUGGCAAGAAUGAAAAGCAGAAAUUUGUAGUUAAGAUGCAAAAGAAGGGGUAAGGUGCACCCGUCAGGGAACCUCUGAUUGACCCAGACACUCAUAAGAAAAUGCUGUCAUUCUACUAUAAAAAGGAAGAGGAAAUGAAGAAACUGCAGGAAGACAAUGAUGACACAUACUUGAAUCAGCCAUGGGCUGACAGUGGGUCACUUAAGAAGCAGUUACACGGCCAAGGAAAUUUAAAGUUCAGAUGA